AGAUAAAUAACUACUUAGGAAUACUAUUGCUGUAUAACUUACUGUUUCUUAUAGCAUUGGUAUGAUCUGCAUAAUUAGUAUGGAGACAUAAAUGAUUCAUUGAUCUUAAUGCACUAGUCUUCAUAAAUUUUGCAUUUGUCGUACUGCUGUGGCGAUUAGAUGAUGUAUGUGAGCAGGAAUAUACCUAGAAAGUGUAUCAUCUGUGUUUUUGAAGGGAAUGAUCUGAACACCAAAUUUUCAUUUUAUAAGACUUUUAAAAGGUCAUUAAUUUGGAGCUACUGUUAACUCUUCAGGAUGAUGAUUAUAAGUUUUGUCCAUUUAAAUAGUAAACAAAUACUGGAGAUGCUCUUUAAAGAUAGAAACAUAUGAUAUAGGACCUUAACUACAAUUUUUCAGUUUGUUACUUGUGACAGAGGCUGGCACUAGAGGAAAAAGUGCUAGGCUGAAGAGUAUGUGAAAUUGAUCACCUCGAUGGGGGAGGGGCCCCAGGAGUGGAAUUGGGAGGAGGAGAAGACUGGCUGGGAGAGCAGUGAGUCUCUCGGUCUUGAGAAGCCAAAGAGAGAAGUUGAGAAAAAGACUUUCUCCUGAGGUUUACCCAUUUUUCUUGCUGGUGACUAGAAAUCUUUCCCCCCAACACUUCCCAAUUGAAGGUACUUUCUGAAGAGAAACCUGAGCAGACUUUACCUCAGCUCCUGUUGCCCGGGGUAUAUAUCUUCUUCAUCUAUGACAAGACUUCAGGACUCUUCACCAUUUUGAUUGCACUUGUCCAGGUUUUGGAGAGUCAGACAAGAAUGAAAAUGACUGAACAUCAACAAAAAAAUUCAUAAAUUGUGGACCUUGGAAUUGAACACAGUAUUUAUAUGGUUUUAUCAGGGUGUGGAGUAUAGAAAGACUAAUACCUCCCUAUUCCUGGAAUGUAUGCCAUUCUUAAUACAACCCAAGAUGGUAUAUAAGCAUUUUUAGCUGUCCUGUUUCACUGCUGACUAACAAGAGUUUGCAGUUCAUUAAACACCCAGAUCUUUUUUCAGACAAUACUGUCCUUUUCUUUCUUGUUCUGUAUUUUUGAAGUUGAUUUUUUUAACCCAAACGUAAGACAUAAUCCAAUCAUAAUCUAUCUCUAAUGAAGUCCAUCUUUUUAAAGAUUGUCUAGUCCUUAAGCAUAUGAUGUUUUUGGAUCUUUUGUCAUCAAUGGAUAGAAGUAACUAAAAAAGCACACAUUGAGGGGAAUGGCAAUUUGCCAGCUUAAUGUAAGGAAAAAUCUCUAUAGGACUAUUCCAAAAGAGGCAUAGGUUGCCUACUGAAGUCUUUCUUUAAACAGAUGCUGGAAGACCUGACCAAUUUGUCAGAUAAAUUGUAGUGGGGAUUCUUCUUUGUGUGUGUGUGUUGGACCAAAUGGCCAGUGAGUGAAGUCCCUUCCAUCUUUAUUAACUAUCUCAGCUUUUUUAUCAGCUGCAGAUUUGUAGAGAAUGUCAUCUCUGACUUUAUCCACACUACUGAUAAAAAAUGUUAAACAGCACAGAGCCACACAUAAAUCCCAGUAGCAAAACAUUGGAGAUCUCCUGCCAAGUUAACAUUGAAUCCUUAAUGACUCCUGAGUCAUUCAAUUAGUUUUGGAUCCAUCUAAUUAUAUUAUCACAUUUUACUACCUAUUUUGUAUUAUGAGAUGCUCUUAUCAGAUGAUUUGCUAAAACCUAUAUAAAAUUAUAACUCCAGAAUUCCUCUGAUCUACUAGUUUAUUAACUCUUUAAGAAAGGAAGUAAAGUUAAUUUGGCAUGGCCAAUUCUUGUUGAAGCCAUUCUGACUUUUGAUAAUUAUUGCUUUCUUUUCUAGCUGUACACCAAUCACUUAGUGAUCUAUAAUUUUUUGGAGACUAUUUCUCUUUCCUUUCCUUCCCCUUCCCUUUCCCUCAGAACUUUGAUUAGAACAGUCAGUGAACAUUUUGUGCCUGCUAUGGGCCAGUCACUGUAUUAAGAGAACUCUCAGUGUAUAUAUCCUCAAUUUUCUUAGUGAAAUAUGAGGGAAGGUUCUCAGGAGAGAGUAGAGGGAUAAGAGGCCAUGGGAAAUUUGAGGAGAGAUAAAAAUGGUUUAGAAGAGCCCCUAUGAUGAAUGCUCUAAAGAGUUAAUCAGGAGAGUGUAAAAGCCUUGCUACAGUGAGGGCCCAGUUGAGAUUAGGUAAUAUAAAUUUGUAGUAGAUCCACUCAGCACAGUUUCAUGAUUUUUUUUUUCUUCCUUUGCUCAGGAGCACAUGCAUAAUAUUCAAGGCCUGAGACUUGGCAGGUUAAGAUAAAAAUAUUAAAGAAAAAGGAACUCCCAUCUCUCCUAUUUCCCAUGAUCAUUCAGCACUUGCUCUGAAAUUUGGGGACUGAGUACACCAAAUACGAUAGAUCAGUGGGAUACAACAGGCCUUUACAGCUUCUCUGAACAAACCAGGUCCCUUGAUGGUCGUCUACAGGUAUCUCAUCGAAAAGGAUUGCCACAUGUUAUUUACUGUCGUUUGUGGCGUUGGCCAGAUCUUCACAGUCACCAUGAACUUAAAGCAAUUGAAAACUGUGAAUAUGCUUUUAAUCUUAAAAAGGAUGAAGUAUGUGUAAACCCAUACCACUACCAGAGGGUCGAGACGCCAGUUUUGCCUCCUGUGCUAGUGCCACGGCAUACUGAGAUUCUAACAGAACUACCCCCUUUGGAUGACUAUACUCAUUCCAUUCCAGAAAACACUAAUUUCCCAGCAGGAAUUGAGCCCCCAAGUAAUUACAUACCAGAAACACCACCCCCCGGAUAUAUCAGUGAAGAUGGAGAAACAAGUGAUCAGCAAUUAAACCAAAGUAUGGACACAGGAUCUCCAGCAGAACUCUCUCCUAGCACUCUUUCCCCAGUUAAUCAUAGCCUAGAUUUGCAGCCAGUUACUUAUUCAGAGCCUGCAUUUUGGUGUUCAAUAGCAUAUUAUGAGUUAAAUCAGAGGGUUGGAGAAACCUUCCACGCAUCACAACCAUCACUGACUGUAGAUGGAUUUACAGAUCCAUCAAAUUCAGAGAGAUUUUGCUUAGGUUUACUCUCCAAUGUUAACCGAAAUGCUACAGUGGAAAUGACAAGACGGCAUAUAGGAAGAGGAGUACGCUUGUAUUAUAUUGGUGGAGAAGUUUUUGCCGAGUGCCUAAGUGAUAGUGCAAUCUUUGUUCAGAGUCCAAAUUGUAAUCAGAGAUAUGGCUGGCAUCCUGCAACAGUGUGUAAAAUCCCACCAGGUUGUAAUCUAAAAAUCUUCAAUAACCAGGAGUUUGCUGCUCUUUUGGCUCAAUCUGUGAAUCAGGGUUUUGAAGCUGUGUACCAGCUAACUAGAAUGUGUACAAUAAGAAUGAGUUUUGUUAAAGGAUGGGGAGCAGAAUACAGAAGGCAGACAGUAACAAGCACCCCUUGCUGGAUUGAACUUCAUCUGAAUGGACCACUGCAGUGGUUGGACAAAGUAUUAACUCAGAUGGGAUCCCCUUCAGUGCGUUGCUCAAGCAUGUCAUAAAACCUUCACAUCCUAGUACCAGUGGGCUAAAUAUUUAGUCCUGUCAGCAGACUUAAGAUAACGGCUCGUCUGUCGUAGUAUUCAUGUGUGGUCUCCAUGAACUGUUUACUAUCCAAAAAUUCAAGAGAGAAAAAAACAGCACUUGAGGUCUCAUCAUUUAAAGCACCUUGUGGAUUCUGGUUCCUAUUACUCUAUUAGAUGGAAAAAUUAGUGUAUAGAAAUACCUUCUUCUAAAAGGAGGAAGGAGAGGUUUUAAGGACUUAAUGGUGUCUUAUUGGGCAUAAAACUGAGUGUCCCAAAGGUUUAAUAAUUACAUCAUUAGUUGUGUACAGGUAAUGUAUCAUGAUCUACAAUAUCACAGUAUUGUUGUGCUAUUCAUACAUUUUUAGUUCCCAUAAAUAGGUGUGUGUGCACUGCUUCUUGAUUUAGGCAAACCUUCCAUAAAAUUGCAAACUGUUAUCCCUAGUUCUCCAUUACUUUUGUGUUUUUGUUUUUUUGAUAUAUGCACACAUAUAUAUGUACUUAUAUAAUCAGAUCGUCAUUUUGUCAUAAGGAAGCAGAGAUUCCUUGUCAAAAACUGAUUUUUCUGCCUUUUACCAAAAAUAAAGUAGUGGGGAAACAAAAGUGGGUUGACCUUUUGAAAUUUUAGACUUUUGGUGUGUUCAGUGGGACUUAAAUAUCCAUUUUGUUGAUUUACUGUUAAUCCCAUUGUUUUAGAAAUCAUCAGUGUGUUGUUUUGUUUUUAAUCUCCUUCCAUUCUCCCACUAUCAUUCUUAUACCAAAACAGCGUAGCAUGACAUCUGUUGCCAGUAACGGUUGCACUGAUACUGCUGGCACAAGUUAAUUCUGGGGGUAUAAUUAAAAUUCAUAUUUAGUGAAUCCCCCUGUCCUACAAAUUUUGACAAAUAGUAAUUGACUUGUGCAAACUUAGCAGUUUAUGGAUUUAUCCUUCGCACCUCAUAUGUACAGGUGGCAGUAUAAUUUUUUUCAGGGAUAAGCUAGAUUUAUUUCAGUAUAUUUAUCUUUUUUUUUUAAAAAGUCAAUGUGUAAGUUUAAAUACACUGAUUUUUUUUUAAAGUAUUUCAAAAUAUUUCAAUAACCAACCAUAUUCUUUGAUUUGAGUGGUUUUUCAUAUUGAUUAGUUACCAGAUUGUAUUAUGUACAUUAUGAAAUAAGGGCCUUGUGUAAAUGUAAUCACUUCAGAAAAUGUCUAAAAGAGCAGGGCUGAGGACCCCAUAGCAGAGGAUUGUUUUUAUGAUAUACUAUACUCAAGAAUUUACAAUAUCUCCAUCAUAUUCUAAAAUUGCAGAAUUGUAGAAUUGAAGGGUUGGAAAGGGCCUCAAGUUUUCUUGUUUACAUAUUCCCUACAGUCAGGACUGAACUUAACCCUGAAUUUAAGUGGUUGUCUAUCUUAAUCUUAUUUAAAUGUCUCAAGGGAAGGAGAUUUCCAGAAACUCCUUUGGUACUCUUUAUGUCAGCAAAUAAUUCUUUCUUAACUUGUAAUUUCUCUUACCAUAGUUGAGGCAUUUCUUCUAUCCACCCUUAAUGGAAAUGUAAGUGGUUUUUCCUCAUUUCCCAAUAGAUCUCAUCUUCUAACUCAGCUCUUCAAUCAAUUUUGGUUGUUUUUGCUCCCCUGGUUUCCAUAUAGUUUCCAUAUACUUUUUUGUUCAUAGCUGCAAAUUUGGCAUGGCAUGGUACUUAUUAUAUUAAGUACCUCAUUUAAGUGAGAUUCAGAUUUUCAUUUUAAAUAAAGAUUUGCUAUACAAAGAUAGAUAUUGAAGAAUUUGAAUGAGUCCCUGAUUCAUUUUCCUUGACAAGUGUCCUCAGUCUGUAAAAGCACUGCUUCAGCUAUAAUGCUGUUCAGUUUUUCUUCUACUUGAAGUCCUUGCUGCUGAAGUCUGCUGCCAUAACUUCCAAAGCUACACCACCACUUUCUGAAAGCUGCCAUCACUACAGUGGUCACUGCCUCUGCCAGACUCCCAUCUGCUAACAGUGGGGUCCUCGCUUUGAACUACUCAUCCUAUUUUAGCAGUUGCUACCUUUGAAGCUCUUAUUUAUUGGCUUCUAAAGCUACUGAUGCCAGCACUGUUGCUUCUUCUUUUGCUGCUGCUGCCACCAUCAGAAGCUCUUUUUAAUACCAGGGGAAUCCAAGCCACUUCUUCUAAAGCUUUCCUUCACUGAAUUAUCACUUUCUUUGGAGUGGUAGUAGAGACUGGUAGUUGAGGAGGUCAUUGAUACUAGGUGAGGCAGUAACAUCUGGCAUUGUCAACAUAUUAAGCAAGGGAGAAUAUUAAUAUAUAGAGUAUUGGAAAUUAAUGGGAGUGAAUUAUUUUCUUGUAUAAAAUUCAGCUUUACACAGAACUUUCUAUAGAAACACCUCUUUGCACAAAGCUACUAUACUUUUAUAUUGGGAUUACUUCAUGGUGGUGGUUACUUGCACUUCAGUGAACAAUAUAUCCCAUUGUCAUGUUAACUUUUUAAAUGAAAAUACAUUGCUCUCAUUUUAUUUGUUUCUACUAUGUCUCAGUUUUUGCUGUACUUGAGCCUAACCAGUGCUUAGUUACUAUCUUAGUUGUGGCCUUUUUAUUUACCUUUUAAGUGCACUAUUUACACUUUGAAUAGAUUUCCCCUCUUUGUUGAAUUAUAUCUUAUCUUUUUUACACAUCAAGAUUGUUUAGAACUUUAUCCUCCAAGGUGCUAACCUUUUCUCCCCAACUUAAUAGCUUCAAUGAAUGAACUGAACUCUAUUUCAUCAUAUUGGCCAUUGGUUAAAACUACAAAUUGAUGCUGUACUUUAGGCCAACCAUUUGGAACAUUGUUACUUUUUUGCCCAGGAUAACUAACCUCCAGUGGUUUCCUUUGACUCUUUCUAAAUAUGACAUUCCAGUUAAUUGUAUAAGUCAUAUUUUUAUAUCAUGUAGGAAAAGAAAAACCCUUAAAGUACAAGCAUAUUAUAUCUUCUGUUUCCUCUAUUUUGGAGACCUUCCUAUCAUUCUAUAAAAAAGAAAGAGAGGACAGUUUUCGUUAUGUAGACCUGUUUUGAAACUAUGCCUAUGUUUGUGUUUUUGAAAAAGUAUUUAAAAUUCUCUUCCCUUACGAUACUUUCAUUGAAAAUAUAUAUAAUUUUUUACUAAUCUAACUUUCCGUAAAAAUCCUCUUAUUUCCUUGAAUGUGUUACUUUUUUUUCUUUUUCUGAAUUUAUACCAUCUGCCCAAUCACUUUCACAGAGAACUUAAAGAGAAGAAAAGCAGUUAAUGUUUCUAUUGAGAUCAAAUAAAACAUUAUGCUUAACCUAAUAUAAUUCUCUUUCUCUGCCAAAAAAUUUUCCCUGAUAUACUUUUGGGACUUGGAAGGUUUAAAAAAAACUUAAAGUAUAAAUUGAUUGAGUGCCUGCUAUUUGUAAGGUACUUUACUAAGCUAUACAAGGGAAGGGUGAGGAGCCUUGGCUAGAAACACAUAUACAGCACAUCUCCUGUCUUUUAGGAGCAUACAGACUCAUGAAUUUUUUUGUGCAAUCUUUGCUUCAAUUGUUAAACAUUCCAGGCUUCCAGACUCUUCCUUGCCUUUCCUGCCAAAUUAUAUCUCAAUUAAGUCAUCUAUUUUUAGGGAGAAAGUAUGUGUUUGAUUUAUUGCCAGAUUUUGCUCUGUUGGCAUAUUUAUACAUCAGGUUAUUUUUUGCUUUCCUUAAUCUAUAUAGCUCAUUGAACCAGAGUAAAACACUUUACUAGGUUAGCAAUUUAUUCUUGAUCUUAUGGACAAGCAGCAUAGGGUAGCAUUAGUUGGUGUUUGCUAAGCUAAAAAGACAGCACAAGUUCUGGUAUUACAUUCAUAAGUAAUAGAAUUAAUACUGGAAAUAACUUGUCAUACAGACAUUGAGAAGCUAUUUAGUGCUUAUCAGAAAAUAAAGCUACCCUGCUCCAAAUUUUAUUCUUAGUGAAAGCCUUUGUUUCUUUACAGUUUCCUUUUAUAUAUCAGACCCAUAGCCAGGAGUUAGAAAGGAUCUGAGAGAUCACCUAAUAAUACACCUCCCUUAAAAAACAAAAAUAAUAUACCUCCCUCAUUCUACAGAAAAGGAAAUUGAGGCAAAGAGAAUUUAAAAGGACUCCUAGAUCAUGAAGAUUUUAAGUGGCAGAGUUAAGAUUUCUGCACUAAACAUUCAUUUUUGUAAGGCAUUUUAUGAGAUGAUAAAACUUGUUUGUGUUAUACAAAGCUCAGUGCAUUGACUUAAGUAGUUGUAUGACUUAUUAAAAGUAAGGUAAUUCCAACUCACCCCCUACAAUCACUUUUGUUAGCUGUGAUCCUCAGAGGUCUUAGUGUUUCUUGAACAUUAUUAGUAAUGAGAAUUGUCUUCCUUCUCAUGUGUUUAGUUUGCCUUGAAAGUGCCAGGACUGAAACCAGCUUACCCAGAAUGAUUGAGAUGAGUCAGAUGCCACAGUUCAUUUCUGGGCCUUCUACCUAUACAUCUCAGAAAAAUGGAUUUUCUAGUGUUCUUCAAACUAUUUUUAACUAAAUAUCAAAAGAUAUGGCUAGAUUUAUAUUAUAUAAAUGUAAGUCCUUUGAAUGUUCAUUUGGCAGUCCCUAGUAAAAAUCUUGAGAACUCCAGCGGAGGUGAGAGCAUGCUGUUUCCUUUUCCCUCCAUUUCUGAGUUCUACCUCCCCCUUCCCAAAUAGAGUAUAAGGAUGGGGUAAGCAAAAGAACAGUUUCUAACUCUUUCUUAAAUCCUCUACACAUGCUUUUUGUCCUAAGUGACUCUUGUAAUCUACCUUAGUUGCUCUGACUGUUCGGUUACUUUUAUUGAAAGGGGAAAAUCCAUCCUGAGGAGAGAACAAGCCCUGUUAUAGUAAAUGUAUAUAUUCCUGUCUUGAUAAUGCAGUAGUAAUUUGUUGGUGUAAGUCAUAGCUCCAUACCUUAUCUUAGACAUAGACUACACAUUUCAUGGAUCUUGUUUAUUAGUAUGAUAGUAAAAGUAAAAUACAAACCACCUUAUCUUUACCACACACAUACUUCAUUGUUCUUUUUUACCACAAUUUUUAUAGCAUAAAUAUCCAUAAUAUAAUUAGUGGGGGGAAAAUUAUACUAUCCAUUUUUUAUUUUUAAAAGCAAACACUUUUUAACACACUUCAUCAUGCUUGCAGUAUUACGCUAUAAUAGCAAUUCUUCAUUUGGCUAGGUAGAUCACAGAAUUUAAGUCAAAAUAAACAUGGUCUAAUGAAAGAAUAUGGAACAAAACUUGAUAAUUCUGGGCCUAGGGAGUCAAUCUCUGAGGUAAAAAUCUUUGCUCGUUGUUGUGUGUUCUCUUUCCAACUAUUCGAAGCAAGAUUAUGGGAAUUAGUUGACAUAGGGUGUUUUCAUUUUUAGAAAGAAAACUGGAUUGUAUAUUUAAGCUCAGAUAAUCUCAAAAUCAUAUAUUAAAAUACUAUAACUGGAUAAAACUAACAGUACCUCUAGAAAAUUUUUCAGACCAAUUCAAUUGCACUUUAGGGGAUUUGACUGAAAUACAGGUUUUGCAUACUUCAGUGUAUUUUGGACUCUCAAUACACUGCUCACUUAAGACAUUCCUCUUAAGCUAUAAUACGUAAGUAUUCCUGACUUACAUGUAAGCUAGGCACCUUUUGAAUAUAGUAUUUCUGGAGUCCCCGGCCUUUUAUGCAAGACUCACUUGGAGAAACUAGUCAUUGGCUAAUAUCCCAAGAGUAGAUAUUGGGCCCAUAGCCUUAAAGGCAGCCUUAUGCUGCUGAAAAUGUUUGAAAAACAAAUCCUAAUGCGUUCUGCAGCAGCUCUAGGAGAAGUUGAAUAAAGGUGAGUAGUGUUUACCUUUUUCCUAUUUUUUUUCAUCAUUCCAUGCCCACUUGAGUCUUUUCCUUUCUUGUCAGGGGAUUUACUAGUAAUAUCCCUAUUGCUUUUUUUUAACAUUGGGUAUCUGCAAAUUAUUUGGCUUUUAAAAGUGCGUCACGCAUGGUUGGUGCGUGCAAAAUUGUGGGAAAUGUUGGCUAAAGACACCAGAAGGGGAUGAACUGAAUUAUAGUGAGAUUUUAGUAACCCAGAAAUGGGUGGGUAGUUUAAUGGAACAAAGGAAGUGGCAACAAAUUUGCUAUGUUCUCUGGAAACUGUGUAUAUGUAUGUAUAUAAAUCGUGUUGUUACUGGAGUGAAUUAAACCUAGGAUUUGAAUCCUUUAUAGUAAAAGAAACUAAAGUAUGAUUUGGCGGUUUCUAUUUUGCUGAAGAACAUUUCAGCUUUAGUGCUGUCUCUCACUGUAUUUCUUAAAACUCCCUGCCCCCAAUGUAUGCAGCCAGAGUGUGAUGAUGUAUUUAGUUUCACUGAAUGUUCUAUUGGAAUUUUUGACAAUGCACCAGCUAGAAAGGAGAAGGAAUUGGGUGUUCAAAUACAUAUUUUGCAGCUACUCCAUCCUUAAUGGCCUCACAUACCUUAAGGCACUUACCAGCUAGAACACUGACCAUGUCGGGUGAAAUUUUCUGGGGUGGCAUUAAUUUUAUAAUGCAAUAUGAAGGAUGCAGAAUCAGCUAUAAUUGUCCUACAUGGUUUUAAAUGACUGCAUCCUCUGUGCACUGUGAUAGAUGUGUUCUUUGUAAGUAAGCUUUAAUGUUAUAGUAGUCAAAAGUCCAUUGUGAUUUUUUUUUCUUUUAAGCCAAGGCUUUAUUGCAGCUGGUUUUCAAGUUAAAAUAUUGUGAAAUACUGAUUUCCAUCACUCCACCCACACCAAAUAUUUUAGUCUAUUUAAAGAACAAAAAUAGUUCUACUUAAGAAAAAAUCGCUUAAAUGUACUGUAAUUCCUGGUCACUUUAUAUAUACAUAUAUAUGUGCUUUAACUUUUUACUUUGUUUGUUCUUUACCUGUGUUUAUAGUACCUUCACAACUAAAAGGUGAAUUUUUUCCCCUAGCAUUAAAAAGAGCCAUUUGAGAUAUUUACCAUGUUACUAUGGAAGCUGUUUGUUUUCUUUUUUUUUAAUUAAGAAAUUUAGAUUUUUUUUUCUUGAGUAGUGGGAAGACAUGACAAAUUUCAGUGUUCAUGAGGUUUUUUUUUUCUUGGUUUACAGUGAAAUGAAAAAUGUACUUCACCUAGGUGAGUACUUCAUUCUAAGGUAUCCCAGUGAUUUAUUUCAAAGGAAUAAAUUACCUUCAAUAUGUGAUAUACUCAAUCUAUACACUUGAUUGGUAACAGGGAAGAACUAUCCUUUGUGUAACUCCUUAUAAUUUUUUGUCUUAUUUUAUAAUCUGGAUAUCCUAAAUUGAUGAUUGGAUACAAUUCUAAAAGAUUAUUUUUAAUUCACUCAGAGUGCUUUUUGGAAAAUAAGGAAACUUAAAAGGGCCUAUUUAAAUACAGGUUAGAUAUGGUGUCACAUUAUCAUAUGGUAUGACCUUAAAAUUUUAAUUCAUAGAUCUGCUAUUGUCAGCAGAAGUUCUUGAAAUGGUUACCCAGAAGUUUCUGUGUUCUUCUGAUUUAAAGCUAUCUUCCAUUUCCUUUCCCUUCUUCCUAGGCAUGAGGGACUUUGAUUACAGUCUGCUUCUUAGAGGCAGCUAUCUUUAAGAUGAUGAUGAAUCCGAAGAUUACAAAUAUGUACUAAUGUGCAUUUGAGACCCUUCACACAACAAAUUAAAUUUUAUCAGAGCAGGAGUGAAGUGACUCAGUUGCCAGACUUGGACAGGGCCCUGUUUGGUGAUAAUUGGGGUCAGCAUGCCCUUAAAAAGAGGGUAAUGAGAAAGCACAAUAGCAGACUAGACUAAAAUACCGGACACUGAUAGUGUAAGCUGACCACAUAUAACUAUGAAAUACACACCAGGUACAGAUACCACAUCUGGUUUUCUUAAUACUUUAAUUGACCACCCACAAGUAACUUGACUACCCAAAUCAAGGCACACAAAAAAUUACAUAGAGCCGUACUCUAUGUAAGACAUUGACUAAUUGCUAGACGAGUGUCCUUGAGUUUGGAAUAUAGUUAUACGUAUUUCAUAAAGACUCAAAAGAACAAAAGUAUUAAAAUAUACUUGGAGACAGGGAUAUGUUUACAAAAUGUUGACAUUGCCUAAUGAUUUGUAUAGAAAAUAAAUGGUCUAUUUUGGAGGCAGGAGAAAUCACUUCAGACUGUCAUAGCUUUAUGGAGGCUGUGGGAUCUGAGCUGGAUUUUGAAAGCAUUUUCUUCAAGUCAUGGCACAGUAUGAACAAGGUCUAAGAAUGCAAGUGCUAUAUUUUAGAACUAGAUGUGUGAAAGAAAAAUGCAAGUCAACAAAUACCUGGCACACUGCUCAUGAGCAGACAUGGGACUAUCAGAAGCUGGAUAAAUGUUUUAGAACAUCCUGAAACACACAUCUAGCAACCUGGAGCAGGAAGAAACUGUUAUCUCUCUAAAACGGGUGGAUCCAGUGGUGCUUAGUAAAAUGGCAAAUGGUGACAAGUAAUGGUAUGAGGAAAAUGUCCCAAGACAAAAUUGUAUGCUGAAAAUGCCUUCAUUCUAGAGGAGAAUUUUUAUAUAUUCACUAUUGAAAAGUAAGUCUUUAUGUUCAUAUUCAAUAAUAACAGUAGCCAAAUACAAAAUGCUCCAAGUCUUAGUUUAGUUUUAAAUUAUGCAAGUUAUAGUUAUUAAUAAGUUAAUAAAGCUUAAAAUUGCACUAAAGACUUUAGUUAAAAAUGUAGACAGGUAUCACCACAAUUGAUUAAAACAUUGCUCCCUACCACAGUAAUAUUUAUAGGGCAGUUGACCAGGAAAAAAAUUAAUCAUGUUUCUGUGCAUAAUUUUUUCAUUUUAUUGAUCCCAGCCUAACCACAUUUAUAAUAAUAGUUACUAGUAAAAUGGAACAAGUGGUUACAAUUUUAAGCAAGUCUAUAUUGCAUAAAAAUAAGAAUAAAACUAUAAACCUAAGAAAGAAUGACCCACUUAAGAAUGAAAUUUGGAAGUACUUUGCAGUAAGAUGACUACCUCAUCAUAUUUAACAUCUGGAAUUAAAGUGUCUUUCAGGAAUGUCUACCCUUUUUACAUAGAGAAAUCUGCUUAGUAACUUCACUUUAUCCAAGAACCAUAAGCUCCUUUCCAACUUUUAAACCAAGAUACUAAAAAUUAUACCAUGUGGUAUAACCACAUUUUUUAUCCAUUAUUCACUUAAGUGUUUUGAGAAAUUUAAUUUUUCAGGUAUAAUAGAAUGUUUUCAUCUGUAACAGAAUUAGUUGGCCUGUAAACCACUGUGGUUUAUUGCUAUGUUCUGAAGUUGUUUACUGUUAUGUGAUAGAUAAAGGAAGUAUGAGGUAAAGGGAAAGAAUUUAUAAUUUUUUUUUUACCUUAAAGUCAAGGCCAUUGGCAAAAUGUACUGAAAUAGAUUAAAUCAGUUUUCAACUAAAGCAGCAGUCUUCUCCUGUCUUUUGUCAUGGUUUUUAUGUGCCAGUCUAUUUUGAUAUCACUGUAAAAUCAAACUUUGGUUCAUUAGAUUAAGAAACUAUGCUCUGCCAAUAAAAAAAGUUUUGUGAAAACGAUUUUCUAAAGAUGAAA